CUUUCUUUACUCUUAAGAACUUUCUUUUUGAACUUUGAAAAACAGAAUAUCCAAUAAGCUCGAGAGAAUUGGUUAAAACGCGACUGCAGUUCAUUCUGGAAAUAUUUUCAGCAUGUAUUUUCUUUUGAUUUUAUUAUUUGCAGAGGUUUCAGGAAAUUGCUUGUCUAAAGGAGACAUUGUCUUUCUCUUGGAUGAGUCAGGAUCUGUUGGUUCUUCAAACUUUCAGACAAUGAAGACUUUUGUUCACGACUUUGUGGCACAUUUCUUAAUCGGUCCUAAUGCAAACCAAUUCAGUGUUGUAAAAUUUAACGCUACUUCCACAGAAGUUUUUAGUCUAAACAGAUACUCCACUUUGGCUGAUAUCCAGUCUACUGUUUCGUUGAUAACUUAUUCUUCCGGAGGUACGUCUAUUGGAAGUGGGCUUAAUUAUGCUCGCCAGUUCUCAUUUACACCUGGUCAUGGUGCGCGUACUGAUGCUGCUAAAAUCGUCAUUUUGAUAACCGAUGGACAAAGUUCUAUUUCAAAUGAGGCCGAGUUACUAAAGGACCAGUAUGUCACCAUUUACUGUGUGGGUGUAACGAGUGGCAUCAACGAACAACUGUUGCGCAGUGUAUCCACUCACAAUGACUAUACAUACAUCACUGACAGUUUUACAACCUUUUCCGGAUUACAGUCACUUCUUGCAGAAAGAUCAUGUGCUGAUCAAAUCGACGACUGUUUAAAUAGUCCCUGUCAAAAUGGUGGAACCUGCGAGGAUCAGUUGGGCAAAUAUGUAUGCCACUGUAAUGGGACCACGACAGACAAAGACUGUUUUAUCCCAGGACUACCAUCAGUUAGCACGGGCUCUGGAGGUACAGCAUAUUUAGGCGGUAGUAAAUACAUCAGCUGUACCGUAACAGGGUCAUACGCAAUCUCUAGAGUGUUCUGGGAGCACCAAUACGACGGCGUCACUUCCGUCGUUGACACCUCAGAUUCAACUAAAUACAGCGGAGGUACCGUGUCAUCCCCGUCCUUGACUAUUUACAGUUUUGCUGUCAGUGAUAUCGGUAGUUACAGAUGUUCAGCCCAGAAUUCUGUUGGCACGGCCCACAGUCCAACCAUGGCGUUUAUCGACAUACCUAAAUCUUUAGUUGAUGUAUCCACUGAAUCUCCUGUACCCGCUCAUCUGGGACAUGACGUUAUAUUAAUGUGCAACGUCAGCUCUACAUAUCCUCCUGUUGCAUCAGUAACAUGGGAAUUUAAUGGCGCCAGAAUCGACACACAGUCAGGAGGGCGAUACCAAGGAGGAAACAUAACAGCACCUUCGUUGCUUAUUAUCAACCUUCAGUCAACUGAUCUUGGCAGUUACACUUGUUUUGUCACAAAUCUAUACAGUUCAAACAAUGUGACCGUUCAGCUUAUUACUAUGAGUUCAGCUGUGUUUGAAGUGACAACAGUUUCAUCAGCAACAGGAGAAAUGGGUGGUAACGUCACGUUGAUCUGCAACGUCACUUCUACAUAUUCAGAGGUUACAUCUGUUACGUGGAAAGUUGAUGGUUCUAAAGUUGACCCUCAAUCAGAAGAGAGAUUUCAAGGAGGAAAUGUAUCAAGCCCGUCAUUGUUAAUCUCCGAUCUCAGAACCACUGACCAAGGCAAUUACACCUGUGCAGCUUUAAAUUUGUUUGGUACACGACGGGCAUACGUCUUUUUAACAAUUACAGAUAGCUAUAGCGUUUUAUUCAGCACGUUGAAAAAUCCUUGCGACUCAUGUGGGACCUUUGAUGAUUGUAAUUCAUCUUCCACUGAGAACCCAUGUACGAUGAGCUCAUGGAAAGUGGCCCUGACUGCCGUGCUGUCAGCAGGUGCUUUAGGUGCAGGUGCUCUGUCAAGUUACGCGCUUCAGAAAUAUAAAACUAGAAGAUCUCGAUUUGACGGGAAAGGUUCCAAGAUCGGGCCAUAUAUUGAUUUCCCUCAACGAGACUUAGGGGUAAAGAAAAUGACAUUCAAAAUGUAAUCAACAACAUUGACAACUGUUUCUCUGAUUGUGAAAGCUGCAUACUUUCAAUUUUUGUGACAUACAUGUAUUUAUUAAUUUUGUAUGAACACCAAAGAAUUCUUUGUGUUAAUAUUUAUUUUUGUUGGUUACUUCUAUUAUUUAGAUAAAAUUUGUUUUCAUUAGAAAUAUCACGAAAUCCAAUUUAAAAAAAAAAUGUAUAUAUGUACAAUAUAUACGAUGCGUGUAGAUGCAUAUCAUAAGUGAUUUUGAUACUUAUUUCUUUAUCAUGAAAACAUGAAUAAAAUUUUCUUCUAAAGUACACAAACACUUUAAGACAAGUCAUUUACUAACAAAAAUAUAUCAUCAUUGUGUUUAUCGUCAAUAAAGAAUAUAAAAACAAUUGUCACAUAAUUCCAUUUAAUUUGAAGUAACACUUGUCAGACGGAGUAUUAAACCAUAGAUCACCAUUGAAGGUAAAAAACUUUGAAAGUUAACACCCUAUGAUUUCAACCACAAAAUAACACUUGCACUUCUUUUACAUACAUCUUUAUGAUUGACAUGGGAGACAAAGGUUGGAAUGUUUUAUAUUCACAAUAUAAACGUUUCUUGGGCUUGGUGAAAUAAAGACCCUUUUAAAAGUUGUCCUUUUAAGCGACAAUUGCCUUUUUCUCUUUCAUUUCGAUCCUGUUGUUGUUGAAAUAAUGAAUUCCUCUAUGUUGAAAUUCAGUUGAGAAAGAAAAUCAAUACUUCUUUUAACCUUCACCUUUAAUUGUAUUUACACUGUAAAACAUCGCUUUUAUAUCUUUUCUUAACGUUUUGCAAACAUUUCCAUUAGCAUUCAAC